UAUUUCCAACAUGCGGCAAGAUUGUUCAGUUCGUUCCUUGUGAUUCAUCUUAUUUUUGAUUGUGGUUGUUUCUCUCAUUUAAAUAAAGUUUUUCUUAAUUACAUCUGUACUCUAAUCUUGCUACUUCAAGAUGGUUAACUUUUCAGCCCGAUUCCGGACCAAAGAUACCAACAUCAGCAUUCCAGAUACUGUCUAUAGUUUGAAUGGUAAUUUGGGACCAAAAGAAUUGUCCAAUCUUAUUAAAACUGUGUACAAAGGAACUUCACCGGACACAGAUUCUUUAUCAGAUGGCAUAAGACUUUCGUUCAUCAUCGAUGAUCGCUUGCUGCGUUCAAAUUUGGUUGCACAUUUUCAAGAGGAAACUGAAGAUGGAAAUGAGGCUGGACCAAUCGACGAAGAGAAAGUUUUGGAAAUAGAAUAUUUCAUUAACCAAAAGGCGCCCAUACCAAUUAACUCUUGUUCCACCGAUGAUUGGAUUAGCUGUAUAGAUACUAAUGAAGCAGCUAUUAUCAAUGGGUGCUAUGAUGGAACUGUCAACAUUUGGAAAAUAGGAAAGUUUGAUCAACUUAUAUCGAUACCUGCUCACGCUUCCGCGGUGAAAGAUGUAAAAUGGAUUCCUCGACAACAGAUGGUUGGAUUUGAUAAUUUGUCUGAGAAUGAUUAUUUCUUUGUCACUACAUCUAACGAUGAAACAGUCUGUGUUUGGAAGAUAAAUUUAAAUGAGGAAAAAGUUGAUCAAAUUUAUCUAUGCAAGGGACAUACACGUUCAGUCGACUGUGUAGACAUUCAAGAUGACAUUUUUGCUACUGGUUCAUAUGAUGCAUUACUCAAAAUUUGGUCACUUUAUGAUAAAGAAAAACCUGGUGAUGAAAACGAACCAGUUGAAAACAGUACCAAAAAAUUCAAAACUAGUGACAAAGAAGAGACUGACAGCAGUUGUAAAGUUAAAACACCUAUCAUGACACUUGCUGAUCAUUCAGAAGCUAUUUCCGAUCUAUGUUUUAUCCGAGAUUCAACCGACAUUUCCAAGCAAGGAAAUUUGCCUACAAUAAUAGUCACAUGUUCUAUGGAUAAUACAAUUAAAUUAUGGGACGUUGAAUUAGGAAAAGUCGAUUCAACAUUAUCCGGCUCUAAAGCAUUUCUAUCAAUAAGUUAUUCACCAAUGAAGAAAUGUUUAAUCAGCGGCUCUUGUGAUCGUCAUAUAAGAUUAUGGGAUCCUCGUUCAAGCGAAGGUUCAAUUGUUAAAUCCGUUUUCACAUCUCAUCAAGGUUGGAUUACAUCCGUAAAUUGGUCACCUACCAACGAAAAUCUGUUCAUAUCAGGAUCUUAUGAUGCAAUCGUUAAGCAAUGGGACAUUCGAAGUAAUCGUGGAUCACUUUAUGAUCUGAUAGGACACGAGGAUAAAGUUCUUUCUACCGACUGGUCCAAUCCAAAGUAUAUUGUUUCUGGUUCUGCAGAUAAACAUUUAAAAAUUUAUCAAAAUGAAUGCUGAAAUAAAUAAACCUAGUUUCUUGUUCACUCUCAAGCCACAUUAAGUUAUGUAUUCGCGACAUCGCUUUUUCAGCUGUUGGAUAUUACAAGGCAAUUUUUCAGUCAACUAAUUAUGUUUAUCUUUUGCAAAAUUCCCUUUUCUUUUGUUAAAUUUACUACCUCAUCAUUAUAAAAAGUGUGAACUUUCAUUCACAAUUAACUGAUGACAUUCAUUCUCUGCCAAAAACUUUUGAUCUAAUCAUAGCUAUGAAAAUGAAGAUGACCUUUAAAUAAUAUCUUUUGUUUUCUGUUGA